CCCGAAAGGACCAAAAAUCUCGACAAUCCCCGCUCGCGUUUAUAUAUUACAUGACCAAAAGAUGUCCGCCACCAGGUACCGUCGGUUCUUGAAGCUAUGUGAGGAAUGGCCCCGGGACGAGACCAAGAAGGGACGCGACCUGGGGACGUUUCUGCGGCAGAGGGUGGCGUCUGCGUUCCGCGAGGGAGAAAACACGCAGAUUGCAGAUCCAGAGAAAUGUGACCAGAUGUAUGAAAGUUUGGCUCGCAUUAAUGGAAACGUGUACAGACAGCGGUUUCCUCGUGCGAGAGACACCAGUUUUACAGGAGUCACGGUGGAGGAGUGUCGCUUGCUUUUAUCAGGCAGUAUGCAGCAGAGCAUGGACGACGAAAAGAAGGGUUUAUGGAAGUCCUUGAUGGAGAAAUUUUCCUCCAAAACACCAGAAGACGUCCCGGAAAAAACUUCUGAAAAAUAAACUUUUUUCUUUUUUUUUGCGUUCUGCUUGUAUAGAAAUAAAUCUUGUCAUCUUUGUGGA